GCCGCAGCCCCUAAGUGACCCCCCCCCCCGGGGCUCUGUGACACAUGGUUUGCUCCAGGGAUGCUAGUGGCGCUAAUUACCUGACCGUAAAAGAGACGGGAAGGUAAAAGGGGUGACGAGAUUCUUCGUUUUGGUGGCGGCAAAUUAAAAAUAACUUUCAAAUACUAACACAAAUACGUAGCUUGCAUGUGUAACAUGAUGUAUUAGUUAACAAGCACCUGUAGCCCUGAAUCUUAUGUACGUAAUUUAGUUACAUGCUAUUAUUAUUUUUCUUUAAUUUGAAUGCACUGAAUUUUAGGCAACAACACUUUCAUUUUUCAUAAUGAGGACUCAUUUGUUAAAUGUGGUAAAAUAGGAUUCGCGGGGGAUAUUAUUAAAUCUAUGUACUUGUUGCAUAACAGUGCAGGCCUUUCCUAUUAGACUUAUUGGACGUGCUAUUUUUAGGCUGGGGGGGGUGGCGUGGGGGGUACUCCUCCUCCCAGAGCUUUAAGCGUGCAUUUGUUUGUGACAUUGACUGGUGAAUGUUGUCACUGUCAUGUGGCAAGUCGGGGUGCUGGACGCUUUUUACUGUCAGCAAUAGCAACUGUUUUCUUGACAUUGUUGGACACCCCCUCCCCCUCCCCUCGGAAGCAAAAGCUUGAUCUGAAGUGAAAGUUUUCCGUUAGGGCCGCUGCCUGCUGUCUCAGGUGCGACAGGCUGCGUGUGUCACCUACAAUCUUACCCGCUCCCUUCUGUGACUUUUGACGUUCUGGUCCAAUGGGAGACCUUUUUCUGCUUUACUGAAAUCCUCUGGAUGUGUGUCGUCUUCUCCCAUGAAGCUUGAUAGUGACGUUAACCCAGGCUGUUGAUGGAGUUCUGUCAGGGAAGCGGCCAUUACUGCCACGCUCAACAUCUCGGUGCCCGGCUCUGAGGACGAUGUUCCGUCCUCCUGCCCUGCCCUGACACCUCCCGAGUCUCAAGGAGAAAGACCAGGCCGUCCAGCUGCUUCCUGGCGUUCCAGCGGAGCGACGCCCCAAAGCACACCCAUGGGUUAAGGUGCCUUCGGAACUGGGCCAGCGAACGCCAGCUGAGUGCUUCCGUUGCUCAGGACGGAUUUUGAGGGCUCUCUCUGUGGCAAGCACUGGGCUUUUUUUUUUUUUUUUUUUUUUUUUUUUUUUUUUUUUUUUUUUUGAUUAUUAAUUAUUGUCUGGGGACCUCUGAAAUCUGGCCCCUUUUCUCUGGGAGUGGGCGCUGACAUCGUCAUGGCCAGGAUGAACCGGCCCGCGCCAGUAGAAGUCUGCUAUAAGACCAUGCGCUUCCUGAUCACACACAACCCCACUAAUGCCACCCUCAGCAACUUUAUUGAGGAUCUGAAGAAGUAUGGAGCAACGACCGUGGUGCGAGUGUGUGAGGUUACGUAUGAUAAAACACCGCUGGAGCGGGAUGGCAUCACGGUCAUGGACUGGCCCUUUGAUGACGGAGCCCCGCCCCCCACCAAGAUUGUGGACGACUGGCUGGAACUGCUGAAGAGCAAAUUCUGUGAGGAACCGGGCUGCUGUGUGGCCGUCCACUGUGUGGCCGGACUGGGCCGGGCUCCCGUCUUGGUGGCAUUGGCCUUGAUUGAAAGUGGAAUGAAAUAUGAGGAUGCCAUACAGUUCAUCAGGCAGAAGCGCAGGGGGGCAAUUAACAGCAAGCAGCUGACCUAUCUGGAGAAGUACCGGCCCAAGCAGAGACUUCGUUUCAAGGAUCCUCACAACCACAAGACCAAGUGCUGUGUCAUGUGACUCUAGGCCCUCACCCCCCACUCACAUGGCUAAUGGACACGGACGACGCCCCUUAGGUCUGAAGCAUUUUGAAGCUUGAUGUCGUCUUUGGGACGCAUCUUAAGCUCAGGGCUGUCAGAGCCGGGUCUCCCCAAAUUUGUCAGCAAAUUUCUUGACGUGAGAAAGUCGGAGGACGACACGCGUCACCAAAGUGGACUGUGAGCAUCUGGAUGCCAACACUGUAGCUCACUGGCCCUGACACACAAACCCCCCCCUUCCCCCACAUCACCAGCAUCUUCCUAUUCUGUGCCCCACUGCAGAUGAUCACACCUUGCAACCCAGGGGGGUUUCCUUAAAGCCAUGUCCGCAUGGACAUGAAGUAAUUUGUGAAGUAUAUUUCAGUCUGUCCUGUUCCUCCUGCUCAGGGCCGUGUGCAGCUCAGUCAUGUUUAACUUGCCAUCAUGAUUUCCUGCCACUUCAUCUCUCACUCUCUCCCAUAUCACUCUGUUCCUCCCUCGCUCGUGGCGGGACAGGCGUGUGUUUGGAGGAGCCUGUGUUUUUAAAGCAGAAAUUUUUAUUUUUUACAAGAGUAAUAUAAACUUCUCUGGGAUUGGUGCGUUUUGCCUGUAGCUGUUCACUCUCUCUCACUUCAUCAUAUGACUUCAGCUGGAGGAGGCUCUACGCUGAACAGGAACUCUCCUCUGGACCAAUGACACGGGCAUGUCAGUCCACCUGGGUUCUACACCUGGUCACCCUAAUGUCGUCCAGUUCCUGUUCUAGUUCUCUGUUUGGAUAAUCGUAAACUAUGGCCAGGGAUGCUGGGUUCCAGGUAUAUCGUGUUUUUUUUCUGCCUUGAAAGUAAACCACUUCAGUUUGUUAAAGAAGUAAUAAAGUACAUGUUUAAAAAGCA